AUGCAUUCUAUUUACUAUUUUGCAGACAUAAACGAGUGUGAGACAGGAAAGCAUCACUGCGACUCCAAUGCUUUCUGUAACAACACUAAAGGCUCUUACAUUUGUACAUGCAAACCAGGAUAUAACGGAAACGGCGUUAACUGCACAGGUAAAAUAAUUAAGGAAGCGAAAACCCUCAGCUGAUAGCACUGAAUAAACUGAUAGAAAAGCAUUUCUAUUCAACAAAUUUUUUCGAGUUCCACUAUGGUGAAUGCAUGUUACAUCUUUAGGGGUUCUUUAAAAUCGGUUCCAACAUGAUAGCAUGUGAUAGGCCGCUUGUUUAUCGUUGGCAUGCGAGCAGGCUCACUUGUGCUAGUUUGGGGUUAUAUGUUAAGGCGGUGGUGCCGUCAGCGGGAACUGACGAAUAAGGCGAUAAAACGUUACAAAAUAUGUGUAUAUUCGGCAACAAUCAUUAGCUCGAUUCGCGGUUUUUUUUUCACGGGUUUUUUCCCUUUUUUCCAUGACUAUAUUUUGCUAUCUUCCGUAAAAAUUUCCUCGUGCAACGUCGACAUUUUACUUUGUUCCUAUUGGAUAGUAUCUUUACACCUCUUAGGGGGGCGAAAUUAAACAAAUAAAUAGCCCGUCUGCAGGCUCGCUUUUCUCCGUCCCAUUCUUUUUGCCGCCAGCUAGCGCUGGUGGCUCCACCGCCAAAACAACCCCACACUCGAACAAGUAAACCUGUUCGCAGGAUAUAUAGAUUUAACCAGGGCAAAAAGCGAAUCUCUCGAUAAUAGUUUCCUCAAACAAAUUUAAAAAAAAAUGUAAUUACUGCAAAGCGGCGAAGGAGACUAGAACGGUGAAAAACAAUUGUUACAAUAGGUCUAAUUAGCAAAAAAGCAACUUUGCAAGUGCAGCACACCUUUUUUGUACAUUUCUUUGCCGUUGUUUUGCACGACUACAACGUGACACUUUCAGAAACUUCCUGGUUACAACUGGUUUCACGUUCUAUGGAGGAAGUGUCGUACGUGUCGUCCUUGUUCACUUUUUUUUUCACUGGCGCUCAUUUUCACCUUGCAUUUGGUGGCCGCUAGCAUUUCUUAUUUUCUCACCGCCGCUACAAAAUUGUUAUGUUGUUCUUUCAACGAAAUAAAUGUCUCUUUGGUCUCUCUCUCUCCCUCCACCUUCCCUCCCCCCCCGUCUCUCUCUCUCUCUUCCGACCAUACCCUGUUGGUAGUUUUUCUUAAGCUCCUUAGGUUUUUCUAAUCCUCUAUCUAUACAUGUGAUGUUAUUUCUUCAUUUUUAACCGGCUCAAUAUAUAGCAAUAAUCUUUUUGCUUCUUAAUAAUGAUUUUCCAGGAAAGAUUUCAACAGACGAUUGAAGGGAUCAUUCAGUAAAAAUUAUGUUGUUCUAAAUAAUUCAAUGCAUUCUAUUUACUAUUUUGCAGACAUAAACGAGUGUGAGACAGGAAAGCAUCACUGCGACUCCAAUGCUUUCUGUAACAACACUAAAGGCUCUUACAUUUGUACAUGCAAACCAGGAUAUAACGGAAACGGCGUUAACUGCACAGGUAAAAUAAUUAAGGAAGCGAAAACCCUCAGCUGAUAGCACUGAAUAAACUGAUAGAAAAGCAUUUCUAUUCAACAAAUUUUUUCGAGUUGCAUUAUGGUGAAUGCAUGUUACAUCUUUAGGGGUUCUUUAAAAUCGGUUCCAACAUGAUAGCAUGUGAUAGGCCGCUUGUCUAUCGUUGGCAUGCGAGCAGGCUCACUUGUGCUAGUUUGGGGUUAUAUGUUAAGGCGGUGGUGCCGUCAGCGGGAACUGACGAAUAAGGCGAUUAAACGUUACAAAAUAUGUGUAUAUUCGGCAACAAUCAUUAGCUCGAUUCGCGGUUUUUUUUCACGGGUUUUUACCCUUUUUUCCAUGACUAUAUUUUGCUAUCUUCCGUAAAAAUUUCCUCCUGCAACGUCGACAUUUUACUUUGUUCCUAUUGGAUAGUAUCUUUACACCUCUUAGGGGGCGAAAUUAAACAAAUAAAUAGCCUGUCUGCAGGCUUGCUUUUCUCCGUCCCAUUUUUUUUGCCGCCAGCUAGCGCUGGUGGUUCCACCGCCAAAACAACCCCACACUCUAACAAGUAAACCUGUUCGCAGGAUAUAUAGAUUUAACCAGGGCAAAAAGCGAAUCUCUCGAUAAUAGUUUCCUCAAACAAAUUAAAAAAAAAAAGUGUAAUUAAUGCUAAGCGGCGAAGGAGACUAGAACGGUGAAAAACAAUUGUUACAAUAGGUCUAAUUAGCAAAAAAACAACUUUGCAAGUGCAGCAAACCUUUUUGUACAUUUCUUUGCCGUUGUUUUGCACGGCUACAACUUGACACUUUGAGAAACUUUCUGGUUACAACUGGUUUCACGUUGUAUGGAGGAAGUGUCGUACGUGUCGUCCUUGUUCACUUUUUUUUUCACUGGCGCUCAUUUUCACCUUGCAUUUGGUGGCCGCUAGCAUUUCUUAUUUUCUCACCGCCGCUACAAAAUUGUUAUGUUGUUCUUUCAACGAAAUAAAUGUCUCUUUGGUCUCUCUCUCUCCCUCCACCUUCCCCCCCCCCCGUCUCUCUCUCUCUCUUCCGACCAUACCCUGUUGGUAGUUUUUCUUAAGCUCCUUAGGUUUUUCUAAUCCUCUAUCUAUACAUGUGAUGUUAUUUCUUCAUUUUUAACCGGCUCAAUAUAUAGCAAUAAUCUUUUUGCUUCUUAAUAAUGAUUUUCCAGGAAAGAUUUCAACAGACGAUUAAAGGGAUCAUUCAGUAAAAAUUAUAUUGUUCUAAAUAAUUCAAUGCAUUCUAUUUACUAUUUUGCAGACAUAAACGAGUGUGAGACAGGAAAGCAUCACUGCGACUCCAAUGCUUUCUGUAACAACACUAAAGGCUCUUACAUUUGUACAUGCAAACCAGGAUAUAACGGAAACGGCGUUAACUGCACAGGUAAAAUAAUUAAGGAAGCGAAAACCCUCAGCUGAUGGCACUGAAUAACCUGAUAGGAAAGCAUUUCUAUUCAACAAAUUUUUUCGAGUUGCAUUAUGGUGAAUGCAUGUUACAUCUUUAGGGGUUCUUUAAAAUCGGUUCCAACAUGAUAGCAUGUGAUAGGCCGCUUGUUUAUCGUUGGCAUGCGAGCAGGCUCACUUGUGCUAGUUUGGGGUUAUAUGUUAAGGCGGUGGUGCCGUCAGCGGGAACUGACGAAUAAGGCGAUUAAACGUUACAAAAUAUGUGUAUAUUCGGCAACAAUCAUUAGCUCGAUUCGCGGUUUUUUUUUCACGGGUUUUUACCCUUUUUUCCAUGACUAUAUUUUGCUAUCUUCCGUAAAAAUUUCCUCCUGCAACGUCGACAUUUUACUUUGUUCCUAUUGGAUAGUAUCUUUACACCUCUUAGGGGGGCGAAAUUAAACAAAUAAAUAGCCCGUCUGCAGGCUCGCUUUUCUUUGUCCCAUUCUUUUUGCCGCCAGCUAGCGCUGGUGGCUCCACCGCCAAAACAACCCCACACUCUAACAAGUAAACCUGUUCGCAGGAUAUAUAGAUUUAACCAGGGCAAAAAGCGAAUCUCUCGAUAAUAGUUUCCUCAAACAAAUUAAAAAAAAAAAGUGUAAUUAAUGCUAAGCGGCGAAGGAGACUAGAACGGUGAAAAACAAUUGUUACAAUAGGUCUAAUUAGCAAAAAAACAACUUUGCAAGUGCAGCAAACCUUUUUGUACAUUUCUUUGCCGUUGUUUUGCACGGCUACAACUUGACACUUUGAGAAACUUUCUGGUUACAACUGGUUUCACGUUGUAUGGAGGAAGUGUCGUACGUGUCGUCCUUGUUCACUUUUUUUUUCACUGGCGCUCAUUUUCACCUUGCAUUUGGUGGCCGCUAGCAUUUCUUACUUUCUCACCGCCGCUACAAAAUUGUCAUGUUGUUCUUUCAACGAAAUAAAUGUCUCUUUGGUCUCUCUCUCUCCCUCCACCUUCCCCCCCCCCCGUCUCUCUCUCUCUCUUCCGACCAUACCCUGUUGGUAGUUUUUCUUAAGCUCCUUAGGUUUUUCUAAUCCUCUAUCUAUACAUGUGAUGUUAUUUCUUCAUUUUUAACCGGCUCAAUAUAUAGCAAUAAUCUUUUUGCUUCUUAAUAAUGAUUUUCCACGAAAGAUUUCAACAGACGAUUGAAGGGAUCAUUCAGUAAAAAUUAUAUUGUUCUAAAUAAUUCAAUGCAUUCUAUUUACUAUUUUGCAGACAUAAACGAGUGUGAGACAGGAAAGCAUCACUGCGACUCCAAUGCUUUCUGUAACAACACUAAAGGCUCUUACAUUUGUACAUGCAAACCAGGAUAUAACGGAAACGGCGUUAACUGCACAGGUAAAAUAAUUAAGGAAGCGAAAACCCUCAGCUGAUAGCACUGAAUAACCUGAUAGGAAAGCAUUUCUAUUCAACAAAUUUUUUCGAGUUCCAUUAUGGUGAAUGCAUGUAACAUCUUUAGGGGUUCUUUAAAAUCGGUUCCAACAUGAUAGCAUGUGAUAGGCCGCUUGUUUAUCGUUGGCAUGCGAGCAGGCUCACUUGUGCUAGUUUGGGGUUAUAUGUUAAGGCGGUGGUGCCGUCAGCGGGAACUGACGAAUAAGGCGAUUAAACGUUACAAAAUAUGUGUAUAUUCGGCAACAAUCAUUAGCUCGAUUCGCGGUUUUUUUUCACGGGUUUUUACCCUUUUUUCCAUGACUAUAUUUUGCUAUCUUCCGUAAAAAUUUCCUCCUGCAACGUCGACAUUUUACUUUGUUCCUAUUGGAUAGUAUCUUUACACCUCUUAGGGGGGCGAAAUUAAACAAAUAAAUAGCCCGUCUGCAGGCUUGGUUUUCUCCGUCCCAUUUUUUUUUGCCGCCAGCUAGCGCUGGUGGUUCCACCGCCAAAACAACCCCACACUCUAACAAGUAAACCUGUUCGCAGGAUAUAUAGAUUUAACCAGGGCAAAAAGCGAAUCUCUCGAUAAUAGUUUCCUCAAACAAAUUAAAAAAAAAAGUGUAAUUAAUGCUAAGCGGCGAAGGAGACUAGAACGGUGAAAAACAAUUGUUACAAUAGGUCUAAUUAGCAAAAAAACAACUUUGCAAGUGCAGCAAACCUUUUUGUACAUUUCUUUGCCGUUGUUUUGCACGGCUACAACUUGACACUUUGAGAAACUUCCUGGUUACAACUGGUUUCACGUUGUAUGGAGGAAGUGUCGUACGUGUCGUCCUUGUUCACUUUUUUUUUCACUGGCGCUCAUUUUCACCUUGCAUUUGGUGGCCGCUAGCAUUUCUUAUUUUCUCACCGCCGCUACAAAAUUGUUAUGUUGUUCUUUCAACGAAAUAAAUGUCUCUUUGGUCUCUCUCUCUCCCUCCACCUUCCCCCCCCGUCUCUCUCUCUCUCUUCCGACCAUACCCUUUUGGUAGUUUUUCUUAAGCUCCUUAGGUUUUUCUAAUCCUCUAUCUAUACAUGUGAUGUUAUUUCUUCAUUUUUAACCGGCUCAAUAUAUAGCAAUAAUCUUUUUGCUUCUUAAUAAUGAUUUUCCAGGAAAGAUUUCAACAGACGAUUGAAGGGAUCAUUCAGUAAAAAUUAUAUUGUUCUAAAUAAUUCAAUGCAUUCUAUUUACUAUUUUGCAGACAUAAACGAGUGUGAGACAGGAAAGCAUCACUGCGACUCCAAUGCUUUCUGUAACAACACUAAAGGCUCUUACAUUUGUACAUGCAAACCAGGAUAUAACGGAAACGGCGUUAACUGCACAGGUAAAAUAAUUAAGGAAGCGAAAACCCUCAGCUGAUAGCACUGAAUAACCUGAUAGGAAAGCAUUUCUAUUCAACAAAUUUUUUCGAGUUCCAUUAUGGUGAAUGCAUGUAACAUCUUUAGGGGUUCUUUAAAAUCGGUUCCAACAUGAUAGCAUGUGAUAGGCCGCUUGUUUAUCGUUGGCAUGCGAGCAGGCUCACUUGUGCUAGUUUGGGGUUAUAUGUUAAGGCGGUGGUGCCGUCAGCGGGAACUGACGAAUAAGGCGAUUAAACGUUACAAAAUAUGUGUAUAUUCGGCAACAAUCAUUAGCUCGAUUCGCGGUUUUUUUUCACGGGUUUUUACCCUUUUUUCCAUGACUAUAUUUUGCUAUCUUCCGUAAAAAUUUCCUCCUGCAACGUCGACAUUUUACUUUGUUCCUAUUGGAUAGUAUCUUUACACCUCUUAGGGGGCGAAAUUAAACAAAUAAAUAGCCCGUCUGCAGGCUUGGUUUUCUCCGUCCCAUUUUUUUUUGCCGCCAGCUAGCGCUGGUGGUUCCACCGCCAAAACAACCCCACACUCUAACAAGUAAACCUGUUCGCAGGAUAUAUAGAUUUAACCAGGGCAAAAAGCGAAUCUCUCGAUAAUAGUUUCCUCAAACAAAUUAAAAAAAAAAGUGUAAUUAAUGCUAAGCGGCGAAGGAGACUAGAACGGUGAAAAACAAUUGUUACAAUAGGUCUAAUUAGCAAAAAAACAACUUUGCAAGUGCAGCAAACCUUUUUGUACAUUUCUUUGCCGUUGUUUUGCACGGCUACAACUUGACACUUUGAGAAACUUCCUGGUUACAACUGGUUUCACGUUGUAUGGAGGAAGUGUCGUACGUGUCGUCCUUGUUCACUUUUUUUUUCACUGGCGCUCAUUUUCACCUUGCAUUUGGUGGCCGCUAGCAUUUCUUAUUUUCUCACCGCCGCUACAAAAUUGUUAUGUUGUUCUUUCAACGAAAUAAAUGUCUCUUUGGUCUCUCUCUCUCUCCACCUUCUUCCCCCCCUCUCUCUUUUCUCUUCCGACCAUACCCUGUUGGUAGUUUUUCUUAAGCUCCUUAGGUUUUUCUAAUCCUCUAUCUAUACAUGUGAUGUUAUUUCUUCAUUUUUAACCGGCUCAAUAUAUAGCAAUAAUCUUUUUGCUUCUUAAUAAUGAUUUUCCAGGAAAGAUUUCAACAGACGAUUAAAGGGAUCAUUCAGUAAAAAUUAUAUUGUUCUAAAUAAUUCAAUGCAUUCUAUUUACUAUUUUGCAGACAUAAACGAGUGUGAGACAGGAAAGCAUCACUGCGACUCCAAUGCUUUCUGUAACAACACUAAAGGCUCUUACAUUUGUACAUGCAAACCAGGAUAUAACGGAAACGGCGUUAACUGCACAGGUAAAAUAAUUAAGGAAGCGAAAACCCUCAGCUGAUAGCACUGAAUAACCUGAUAGGAAAGCAUUUCUAUUCAACAAAUUUUUUCGAGUUGCAUUAUGGUGAAUGCAUGUUACAUCUUUAGGGGUUCUUUAAAAUCGGUUCCAACAUGAUAGCAUGUGAUAGGCCGCUUGUUUAUCGUUGGCAUGCGAGCAGGCUCACUUGUGCUAGUUUGGGGUUAUAUGUUAAGGCGGUGGUGCCGUCAGCGGGAACUGACGAAUAAGGCGAUUAAACGUUACAAAAUAUGUGUAUAUUCGGCAACAAUCAUUAGCUCGAUUCGCGGUUUUUUUUUCACGGGUUUUUACCCUUUUUUCCAUGACUAUAUUUUGCUAUCUUCCGUAAAAAUUUCCUCCUGCAACGUCGACAUUUUACUUUGUUCCUAUUGGAUAGUAUCUUUACACCUCUUAGGGGGGCGAAAUUAAACAAAUAAAUAGCCCGUCUGCAGGCUCGCUUUUCUUUGUCCCAUUCUUUUUGCCGCCAGCUAGCGCUGGUGGCUCCACCGCCAAAACAACCCCACACUCUAACAAGUAAACCUGUUCGCAGGAUAUAUAGAUUUAACCAGGGCAAAAAGCGAAUCUCUCGAUAAUAGUUUCCUCAAACAAAUUUUAAAAAAAAUGUAAUUACUGCAAAGUGGCGAAGGAGACUAGAACGGUGAAAAACAAUUGUUACAAUAGGUCUAAUUAGCAAAAAAGCAACUUUGCAAGUGCAGCACACCUUUUUUGUACAUUUCUUUGCCGUUGUUUUGCACGACUACAACGUGACACUUUCAAAAACUUCCUGGUUACAGCUGGUUUCACGUUGUAUGGAGGAAGUGUCGUACGUGUCGUCCUUGUUCACUUUUUUUUUCACUGGCGCUCAUUUUCACCUUGCAUUUGGUGGCCGCUAGCAUUUCUUACUUUCUCACCGCCGCUACAAAAUUGUCAUGUUGUUCUUUCAACGAAAUAAAUGUCUCUUUGGUCUCUCUCUCUCUCCCUCCAUCUUCCCCCCCCCCGUCUCUCUUUCUCUCUCUUCCGACCAUACCCUGUUGGUAGUUUUUCUUAAGCUCCUUAGGUUUUUCUAAUCCUCUAUCUAUACAUGUGAUGUUAUUUCUUCAUUUUUAACCGGCUCAAUAUAUAGCAAUAAUCUUUUUGCUUCUUAAUAAUGAUUUUCCACGAAAGAUUUCGACAGACGAUUGAAGGGAUCAUUCAGUAAAAAUUAUAUUGUUCUAAAUAAUUCAAUGCAUUCUAUUUACUAUUUUGCAGACAUAAACGAGUGUGAGACAGGAAAGCAUCACUGCGACUCCAAUGCUUUCUGUAACAACACUAAAGGCUCUUACAUUUGUACAUGCAAACCAGGAUAUAACGGAAACGGCGUUAACUGCACAGGUAAAAUAAUUAAGGAAGCGAAAACCCUCAGCUGAUAGCACUGAAUAACCUGAUAGGAAAGCAUUUCUAUUCAACAAAUUUUUUCGAGUUGCAUUAUGGUGAAUGCAUGUUACAUCUUUAGGGGUUCUUUAAAAUCGGUUCCAACAUGAUAGCAUGUGAUAGGCCGCUUGUUUAUCGUUGGCAUGCGAGCAGGCUCACUUGUGCUAGUUUGGGGUUAUAUGUUAAGGCGGUGGUGCCGUCAGCGGGAACUGACGAAUAAGGCGAUUAAACGUUACAAAAUAUGUGUAUAUUCGGCAACAAUCAUUAGCUCGAUUCGCGGUUUUUUUUCACGGGUUUUUACCCUUUUUUCCAUGACUAUAUUUUGCUAUCUUCCGUAAAAAUUUCCUCCUGCAACGUCGACAUUUUACUUUGUUCCUAUUGGAUAGUAUCUUUACACCUCUUAGGGGGGCGAAAUUAAACAAAUAAAUAGCCCGUCUGCAGGCUCGCUUUUCUUUGUCCCAUUCUUUUUGCCGCCAGCUAGCGCUGGUGGCUCCACCGCCAAAACAACCCCACACUCUAACAAGUAAACCUGUUCGCAGGAUAUAUAGAUUUAACCAGGGCAAAAAGCGAAUCUCUCGAUAAUAGUUUCCUCAAACAAAUUAAAAAAAAAAAGUGUAAUUAAUGCUAAGCGGCGAAGGAGACUAGAACGGUGAAAAACAAUUGUUACAAUAGGUCUAAUUAGCAAAAAAACAACUUUGCAAGUGCAGCACACCUUUUUGUACAUUUCUUUGCCGUUGUUUUGCACGGCUACAACUUGACACUUUGAGAAACUUUCUGGUUACAACUGGUUUCACGUUGUAUGGAGGAAGUGUCGUACGUGUCGUCCUUGUUCACUUUUUUUUUCACUGGCGCUCAUUUUCACCUUGCAUUUGGUGGCCGCUAGCAUUUCUUAUUUUCUCACCGCCGCUACAAAAUUGUUAUGUUGUUCUUUCAACGAAAUAAAUGUCUCUUUGGUCUCUCUCUCUCUCCUCCACCUUCCCCCCCGUCUCUCUCUCUCUCUCUUCCGACCAUACCCUGUUGGUAGUUUUUCUUAAGCUCCUUAGGUUUUUCUAAUCCUCUAUCUAUACAUGUGAUGUUAUUUCUUCAUUUUAACCGGCUCAAUAUAUAGCAAUAAUCUUUUUGCUUCUUAAUAAUGAUUUUCCACGAAAGAUUUCAACAGACGAUUGAAGGGAUCAUUCAGUAAAAAUUAUAUUGUUCUAAAUAAUUCAAUGCAUUCUAUUUACUAUUUUGCAGACAUAAACGAGUGUGAGACAGGAAAGCAUCACUGCGACUCCAAUGCUUUCUGUAACAACACUAAAGGCUCUUACAUUUGUACAUGCAAACCAGGAUAUAACGGAAACGGCGUUAACUGCACAGGUAAAAUAAUUAAGGAAGCGAAAACCCUCAGCUGAUAGCACUGAAUAACCUGAUAGGAAAGCAUUUCUAUUCAACAAAUU